AUGCGUGAAGACCGAUUAAAAGCGAUAUCAUUAUUUGGCCGUCAUGAAUAUUUGCUACAUUUUUGGAACGACUUAACUAAAGAAGAACGACAGCAAUUAGUAAAACAGUUCACAUCAUUUAAUAUGUUGCUGUUAGAUCAAGCAUUUAAGGAGUCUGCAUUUAUACCGAAAGUAGUUGGGAUUGAGCCACUUGAUCAAGACUGCUAUAUUGUUGCAGCAAAUAUCCCUCAAGAGAUGAAAGAUCGGUAUUGGCUGAAAGGUCUAGAAGCGAUAGCAAAAGGACAAGUUGCUGCUGUCGUUUUAGCAGGCGGUCAAGCCACACGACUUGGAGUCGCAGAACCCAAGGGUACAAUUUCUUUGGGAUUUAAUUUACGCUUUGUAUCUGAUUCUCUCUUUGCCCUUCAAGCUGCUCGUAUAUCACGUCUAGAAGAUCUUGCUCGAGCCGCAUUUCCUGAUACAGAUCCGCAUAUUUGGUGGAUUGUAAUGACGAAUUCAAGUUCAGAAGAGCCGACUCUACAACAUCUUCGUGAAAUGUUUCCCGUUCUUGGUCUCAAAGAAAAACAUCUUAUAGUAGUAACACAACCGUCUUAUCCAUGCUACGACGUAAAUGGUGGCUUAUUUCUGUCGUCUAAAAGUAGCUUCGCAGUUUCUCCAAAUGGCAAUGGUGCUGUGUAUGAAUGUCUAAAACCUUAUCGAUCUUUCUUCGUUAAUCAUGAUAUCAGAUAUUUUCAUGUUUAUAGUGUCGACAACAUCUUGUGUCGAGUUGCAGAUCCACAGUUUAUUGGAUAUUGUAUCAAUAAAGAUGUAAUAGAGAAAACUGAUCCUUUUGAACGAGUGGGAGUUAUAUGUAAAACAUUGAAUGGACCUCAAGUUAUUGAGUACUCGGAGUUGCCACCUGAGUUGCGCGACGCACGUGAUGAGUUUGGACGCCUGAAAUUUCGUGCAGGAAAUAUUGCCAACCAUUUUUUUACUCGCGAAUUCCUUCAUACAGCUGCGAAUUUUGAAUUACCUUUUCAUCGUAGUUUGAAAAAAAUUUCAUUUAUCGAUCGGGCGACUGGAAUCUCAAUAAUGCCGGCAUCAGAGAAUGGUUACAAGUUGGAGCUUUUCGUUUUCGACUCGUUUAAAUAUGCCAAAAAUUUUCAUGUAUGGGAAGUGAAACGAUCAGAAGAAUUUAGUCCUUUGAAAAAUUCUGAUGAUGUAGGGACGGAUUGUUUGGCUACAUGUCGCAGUGAUUAUUAUUCCGAAUGCAGGCGUUGGCUUUUGGAAGCUAAUAUACCUUUGAAAGCCAGGCGUCCUAUUUUCAUUCAUCCACUUUACUCUUAUGCUGGCGAGGGUCUGGAAGGAUUCCGCUUAAUUGGUGUGAAUACCGACUUAAUCCCAUAG